AUGCUUUUAUAUAAAAUAAUUAUCAACAACGUCUCUGGACAUAAUCAUACCUAUGAUAUAAGCUGGCCAGGCGGAGCUGGCCAACUUGACGUCGACGACGAUGAAAUCGAGCAGUUUUCUGAAACACUCAACGUUGCCACCGUUCCCUUCCAAGUCAGCGUGAACCCAACAGGCAACCCACAUGUCGGCUUUUCUCUCUCUAUCAACACUCCUAUUGGUACAACAGCAAAUGUGAAGCACAAAGCUGACGGUACCAUGACGGUUACCCAUCCAACAAACUAA